AUGGUAUGGCAAACUGAGGGAACCAAUGUCCCUAGUUUCUUGUGUGUCUUCCUAAAUAUAUUCUGUGACCCGAGAGGCAGAGCGGCUGCCACGGCCAACUAUCUGGCCCAGAUCAUUGUGAUGGGUACACAGGUGGUGGGUAGAGCCUUUGCUCCAGCCCUGAGGGAGGAAUCUGCAGCCAGCCAGGCAGCAACUGAGGUUCAGGGACAUGCGGGACACCAGUCUGCAGCUGCAACCACUCUCUCCAGCCUCAGCCUCCAGAAGGCCCAGCAGAUUCUUGACAUCACCAAGCCGAUUGCAGGGAUCCAGAAGAAGUACAAACACCUAUUUAAGGUGAAUGAUAAAUCUGGUGGCUCCUUCUAUUUGCAGUCAAAGGUCAUCACAAAGUAGCGCCUGGGUGAGGAUCUCAGAAGCCAGGCCCAGGAGGACAGAGAGAAAGGGCAGAUGCCUAAAUUAUGA